UUUGGCCACAUUCGUAGCGGCAAACCGUAAAACAGGAACUGUACUAGUCUCUGCCAUUGUGGCUACGACUUUUCCACAAAGCUUGACAAUGGGAAGAUUUGAAGCCAUGGCAGCCUGAAACGUGACCUAUGGCUAACCGUCUGCAUAUGCGUGCAUGGCCUUCAUCGUGUGAUCGCGGGUCGUGGCCGUACGUCAUGCUCCGAUAGCAAACGGUAGGGUUUCAAACAAGCGUCCACACGAUCACAAACUCUAGCGACCCCAAGUUAAACGCACAGUGAUCAUAUCCUUAGUGACUGUAAGUUUUCUGCUGUUGUGCUGCACAGUGAUCGAUGCCUACAUCCGGAAAUAAAACGACAUGGCUUCCAUCAAAGACUGAGCAUGGACUUCAUGGCAUCCGUGAUCCAAUCAGAGUUCCUUGGUGUCGACCUACGUUGCUUUAGCCUAUUAUCGGAAAGUCUGUUGCAACCGUUACCCCAAGAAGAGAGAGAGAAGCAGCAUUAUACCGCCAGGAUAUUACAACUAACACUGGCAAUCUUUCUUGAAAACACAAUGAUAUCCUUGGUGACUGCAACUUUGUUGCUGUUGUCCUGCACGGUGAUCAAAGGUGCAGACCCCCCUCCACAUGGUGAACUAGCAAAGAGAGCACGUUACAUCGUCCAUAAGGCUGACUGGUGUAUCAUAACUACAUUUUCAUCCACUGAGGUGUUGCUGGGGCAACCGUUUCCCAACCCCGCCUCCGUCAGUGAUGGCCCGGUUAAUAACAGUUCCGGCAUUCCCUACAUGUACCAACCAACAGUUUCCUAUGUGACGAAAGAUGUCUUCAACGACAGCCGAGUGACACUAACAUUCAGCGAGGCCCAGUUUGGAUUGAAAGAAUGCCUUUUGACAAAAGAGAGUGACCCAGAGUCACCAUUGUGCGCCCGACUGAUGAUAAAGGGCAACAUGCACUUGGUGACUGACGCGGCGGAAAAUGCCACAGCCCGAGCUGCCCUCUUUCCACGCCACCCAAACAUGGUCACUUGGGGUUUUCACGAGUACACCUUCCUGAAGAUGGACAUCAAGCAGAUCCUCCUCCUGGACUACUUUGGUGGCUACAGCUAUGUCUCCGUGGAUGACUAUUUCAAGGCCAAUCUUAAUUAGAGUCAAUCACAGACACAAUGUUUUCAUGUAGAUAGGACAUUGUUUUCACAAAAUGUCACGAAGAAUCUUGAAUACAUUUCAAGCAACUGUAGAAGAAAAAUCUUUAAUACAUUUUUAGGUUGACGGACAGGACGUAAAGUUAACAUAUUGUAAGUGUGCAUGCAUGCAUGCAGGGCCACUCGUCAUCAUGUCUACGAAUCGUGCACUACAGGUCAGAGGUCACAAUCAAAUCGAGCAGCUCGUGAACUGUCAAGGUUACUUGAACAACAAAGUAGGUUUACAGUAUGCAGAUCUAACUGAAUCCACAUACAGUAUUCAUCAUCGUAUGGCUUCUUGCAAUUUGCUUGAACUGCAAAAUACAUUUCAUGCUUCAUUUUGUCAAAUUGGCCCCAUGGGUUGCCAAAUUAAUUUCCUGGUUCAAGUAAUGAAUUAUACAUAAAGCCACAGUGGCACAAAUAAUGCCAUAUUGACAAAAACACUUGGCGUCAGUGAUUAGGCAUUGCGAAUUCCUGAAGAUUGUUCUGUUGCAUUGUGCAGUAAAGCUGUGUUUGUUGAAUUACUCUGGUCUGUUGUGUUUGGAUCCGUAGUAAUUUCAGUGAUGUAGUCGAGUACUUUUUGAGAACCAAGCUCUCUACCAAAUAUUUAACUAGUUAG